AUGGCGACUGCUGCGGAUGCAAACGCGAAUGGCGGCGCGAGGCCGGUGGACGACGACCACCCCGUCUCGCCCACCACCAAGACGGCCGCCGCGCCCCCGCUGCCCCCCAACAACCCGCUCGAGUCGCUCAGCAUGCGCGCCGACCCGGAUGCCCAGGCCACCGUCACCGACUACCUUGACUUCACCGAGUACCUGCCCGCCGACGUCAACCGCAGCUUGACCCUGAUCGGCAAGCUGGACCAGUCCUACAUCGACGCCUCCAGCCUCGUCCACGACCUCACCACGCAAUGGGGCAAGCUGCCCGCCCUCCCCCUCGACCAGCGCGCCGACCCCGUCCAGCUGCGCGCCGACAUCUCCGAGAACCUGAGCCAGGCUGUGAGCUCGCGCACCUCGUCCUGGUCCGAGGCCCAGCGCAUGGCCGACUAUGUCAACCGGCACGUCAACCGGGCCAAGACCAUCCUCGCCAAGCUCCAGCACAUGCGCGACAACUAUCCCACCGAGGAGCAGAAGAGCCCGACGCAGACGCGGUCGCCGCAGAUGAGCCGCACCCCCAAGGUCGCCCUGCGCCUCGACAAGAACGGCCAAAGGGUUCGCCAGCCGCCCAGGAUCACCGUCCCCGGCGAGGUCCUGGCUCCCUACGAGGUCGACUUCAACGCCUACACCUCGUCCAGCGAGGAGAGUUCCGAGGAUGACAUGUCCGAUUCGCCGCCGAGGACCACCCCGGCGCCUCGCAUCAAGCUCAUCAAAAGCUCCAAGGUCCCCAAGCAAAAGAUCCCCAAGCCCCCUCGCCAGCCUCGCCAGCUGCUCAACGACGGCAUGCCCAUCCCCUCCACCAGCUCCGCCCUGGCCAAGCUUCAGCCGCCUCCCGAGAACGCUGUGCUUGGUGGUCCGGACGCCCCUUGGCUCCAGCUCACGCCCUACGAGCUGGCCAAGCUCAGGAAGCGCAUGAAGAAGAACGCUGUCUGGAACCCCAGUGACACUAUGAUUGCCCGGGAGCUGAAGACACUCGGACGCGGCGUCGAGGCCUACAGGGCUGCCAUGCAGAAGGCCAAGGAAGAAGGCAAACCUUUCGAGCCUGCCCUGCCCACCCCCGUCACCGACGCUGCAUCUGGUACUCAGCAUCCCCCCGUGGGAGCCAUCAGCUCUGAGGCGCUGGGGGCUGAAGAGGUGAAGCUCAGCAACCGCGGCAUGAAGCUGAACGAGGCUAAGAAGCUCAAGAGGGAGCAGCUGGCGAAGCAGGCCGUCGAGGAGGCAGAAGAAUCCGCCAGGAAGAUGGCGGAGCGUGCUAGAAUGUUUUUCAGCCACGAGGCCAGCCCUUCGGUCGCGGAGAGCGUCGCAGAGACGGAGCCGUCCUCGCAACCAAACACACAGUCAUCAUCUCAGAACAAGGCUUCCGGCAAGUCCAAGUCCAAGAAGCGCAAGCGUGACUCGGCGUCAGAGCCUGGCCAGCCCGAGAUCAAGACCGAGGCUCCCGAGAACACAGCGUCCGGGGCCAACCCACCUGCGAAGCCCCAGCUGAAGCGCACCAAGACGGAGACGCCUGUUCCGCCUCCCCAGCUCACACCCAGGCCGACGUCAGUGCCGCCUCCGGUUGAGACGCCGAUUCCUCCGCCCCAUGUCGGCCAGGCUGCUUCUGCGCAUGUCACGUCUACCACGCCUGUACCCGUUCCUGUGCAACCCACCGCGGAAGGAUCAGCCGCUUCCGCCAGACCCAAUGCUUCACCUUCUUCAGGCACAAGUCCUGUCCCUCCCCAAGCCAGCACAGUGACUACGACGGUUCCUACCAAGCCGCCGGCCACAACGCCGGUUCCUCCUCCCAAACCUACUACUGUCACCCCCGUACCUCCGCCUACUAACAGUCUCGGCAAGAGGGAAACCAGGAAGGAUGCUCAAAAGAACCUACAGCCUAUUGCUACUAAUGCGAAGCCGUCCAGUGCAUCUCGGCCUAGCACACCCGUGACCACACCCAGCCUGGACCAACCUUCAAUGAACACACGGCGGCCAGCCUCUCGUGGUAAAGCCAGUAGUGUUGAGCCGCCCAUGACGCUGGCAGCUGAUAGACCUCGACGCACUAGUACCGCGCGAAACACACCAGCUCCCGAGCUCCGCCAGCCCAGCAAGCGUUCCAAGCGACCGGCACCGGGUGUCGUGAGCACGACGUCGGGCGGCACCAGCGCCGUCGGAAAGCGCAAGGCGGCACCCCGCAAGCGACCUCGGAUCAAGAAGAAUGCCCAGAGCCAACAAGUCGAACAGGACGCCGAAGUCGAGGUGGACGACGACGGCAACGUGAUUGACCCCAACGAACCGAGAUACUGCAUCUGCAACGGGGUCAGCUUCGGCACCAUGAUCCAGUGCGAUAACGUUGAUGUGAGCAAGACCGCCGGCAACUCCUCAUCUUCUUUGUCUUCGUCCAUGUCUACUUUGUCUACAUCCGCUGCUGCCGCUCCUGCAACCAGAGCACGUAAGAGGCCCAAACUGACUGAACAACCCGUACAGAACUGCAAACAGGAGUGGUUCCACCUCGAGUGCGUGGGACUGACCGAGAUCCCGGCACGCACCACCAAGUGGUACUGCCCGGACUGUCGUGUGCUGCUCAACAUCGGCGGGCGCGGCGAGGUGACCUCACGGGGCGUGAAGAUGUGA